UCCAUGAGCUGGAGCGACCCAUCAGUGGUGCUCCUGACUUGGUCCUCUCAAGAUCAACUGCUGUGUUCCUGACUUGGUCCUCUCAAGAUCAACUGCUGUGCUCCUGACUUGGUCCUCUCAAGAUCAACUGCUGUGUUCCUGACUUGGUCCUCUCAAGAUCAACUGCUGUACUCCUGACUGGGUCCUCUCAAGAUCAACUGCUGUGUUCCUGACUUGGUCCUCUCAGCAUCGGCUCCAAUUCCAUCACAACUCAACAGAGGAGGAUGGGCGGGAAGACUGUGUUGCUGGUGGUGGCGGCGCUGACGGUGCUGAGCCUGCGCGUCCAGGCUGACAUUGACGCUGACGGAUUUGCAGCUGAAAGGGCGAUGGCGAUAGAGAAUACUGCGCUUGCAUUGUCACUCAUUGACAACAAUAUAGCGUUAGCUAACUGGACUGACAGCGCACUCAUGAAAAUUCUAGCCAGUGGGACCAGUUGGACCAGUGGGACCGUGGACCUCCUGGUGUCUGCCGGUGCCAACAUUAACAUCCAGGACGAAACGGGGGGGACUGCAGUUAUGUUUGCGGCACCUGAUGGGGCAUCAGCACUCCCCGAACUUUUGGCCUACUGCCCUGACCUCACACUCACAGACAAUAAUGGAAUGACAGCGCUAAUGCAUAUGACCAAUGCUGGCAACACUGUAAAUGCUGCUCUUAUUCAAGCCAAGUUGGACAACAUGUGUUCGUUUGGUAACACCAACUACAGCCUGGGGGCCGUCAGAUCCGAGAACUGCACAGAAAUGGUGUGUCUGACGAACUGCAAAUGGAACAAUACUGGCAUUGUGGCUGCAACCUGCACUACAACCACCAAUGCCCCAACAACCACCGUCCACCACCACAACCCUCACUGCCAUCGCCACACCACCCAUCAUCAACCUCAACCAGCAAACCAUCCCACCCCAGCCAAGCACGAUAAGAGUAAGGAACACCACUAAUGAUAACGAAUCGGUACAUUCAGGGGGAUGAUGACGGUGACGGCAGAGCAUCCAGGGCAUCCAGGACAGGUCUUACUGCUAGACCACCACACCAUCUCCUGCAGUAGUCAUCCAGGACAGGUCUUACUGCAAGACCACGUCGACUAUGUAAGACCACCACACCAUCUCCUGAAGUAGUCAUCCAGGACAGGUCUUACUGCAAGAUCACCACACCAUCUCCUGAAGUAGUCAUCUAGGACAGGUCUUACUGCAAGACCAUGUCGACAGCCUAAGACCGCUGCACCAUCUCAAGAAGUUAAGAUCAAAACAUUACAGUCAUCCUUGAUAAGAGUUCAUAAUUUUCUCUAAUGAUUAUUUUUAUUUAAGCAACAGCUGAAAAAAUAUAUAAUUAUAAUGUUUAGAAAUUAAUUAGUUCACCCACAAUCAAUUUACAACAAAGAAGAAAAUACGGCCUAUUAUGAAAAAUAUUAAACAAAGAUUAAAUUAAAAUUUACUUCAUUAAUUGUGGUAACUUAAGAGAUAGGAAAUAUAACUUAGAUAUAUUAAUAAAAGAUCUAAAUUUACCAGUUUAAAUUUAAUGGAUUAAAUGUCACUGUUUUUGUAUUAAAACGAUUAUUUUAUGUGCAAAAGUUAACAAUAAAAUAAAAUAUUGCUAAAGGCUAUUACAAAUUAUUUAUUACGUAGUAUGAUCAUUUUCUAAAUAGAAAACAAAUCUCAUAAGCUUUAUAGCUUUCCAGAAAACACAUUAGACAAACAUGUGCAUAAGAUGAGUCGCCUACUUACAGAAGACAGUAGCACACCAGUGAUAUCAACAUAUGCAAGACACCUGUAUAUAUGUGACAAUAUAAUGAGAAAGAUGUGUAAGCGAUAAACAAUUGUAAACCAUAAAAUGACAAAAUAUCCAAGAUGUCAACAUAGGAUAGGCUAAGUGCAUUAGCAUAUGAAAAAGACCAUACACUCGCUGUUAAAAUAUGCAAAUUGUCGGAAUGUAUAUUAGGCAUCAACAUGUGAACUCUGUUAGAUGAAUACCGUCAUCUUUUGUGCAGUAAAUACAUCUGAAAGAAACCAACAAUGCAAGAAUGAAGCAGAUGCAAGGAACCAACAAAUGCAAGAAAUCAACAGCUUCAAGAAACCAAUAACAUUGGCCUUGCUGGAAAACUAAUUGGAAUAAAAUUAAGAUCUUAAA